CACAUGGACCGGUCCGGUCCAGAGGAGACAACUCCAAGCCACAGCCCUGGGCUACACUCCAAUCAUCCCUCCCCCCGCUGCUUCUCCUCCUCCCUCUAACCCUCUUCCUCCUCUUCCCACCUUGCCGUCACCAUGUCCACGACGGAGACGGCGCACAGCUCCACCGAGUCGGACGCCUCCGGCCUUGACUACGAAGAGACGCAGCUCACCCUCGCCCCGCCCGGUGCCACUAGAUCUGACCCCGAAAGGAAGCGAGGCCCGUCGGAUGACCAUCGCCCCUCCGAUUCCUCCGAAGGGUCCGCCAACAAACCUCCCGAAGCUAAGGCUCAAGUGGUGGGAUGGCCACCGGUGAGAUCGUUCCGGCGAAGCGCUCUCAAGAGUUUCACCUACGUGAAGGUGGCCGUCGACGGGGCGCCCUACCUUCGUAAGGUUGACCUGGAGGCCUACACUGGAUACCAGCAGUUGCUCACUGCCCUCGAGGAGAUGUUCUCUUGCUUCACUGCCCGAAAUUAUCCCAAUGAGAGGAGGCUAGUUGAUCCUGUGAGUGGGACAGAGUUUGUGCCGACGUAUGAGGACAAAGAUGGUGAUUGGAUGCUUGUUGGUGACGUUCCCUGGAAAAUGUUUGUUGCUUCAUGCAAGCGUCUUAGGUUAAUGAAAAGCUCUGAAGCUGUCAAUCUAGCUCCAAGAGCAACUCAAGGAUGCACCAAAGUGCAGUGAAUUUGGUUCCCCGACUACCAACAAAUGUUGGUAUCGUGUACAGAAAUUGGCUACUCUGGUUUUUACAUAUGUUUGGAAUCAGCAUCUUUGAGAAAGUAGGAAUAAGAAUAUUGUACUUAGGUAAACGUGUGUUGGUUUAAACUAUAGUAAACGGUAUUGUGACAAUAAGUAGACUGGUGUAAUCCAGCCAUUGAUCCUCUCUUGAUUAUCUUGUGUAUCCAUAGAAGUAGUGGUUUAUACUUAACAAGAACUUUGUUUGUGAUGCCAUUAUGCUUUGCUAGAGCCGGGAAAUGUUAUGAAUACAGUUUGAAUUGCUUUGUUAUGGGUUUUGCUUUGUAA